UGUGUUGCAAGUGUGAUGAUUAUUAAUGUUAUAUUUGUUGUAUUGCAGGUAAGAUGAGCUGAGGCAGUGACCCUCCAAGUGUACUAUCCUACUACAACUAUUGUAGGUGCAUCAGAAAAUUUGAGGAUGGGUCAGAACUUGUGCUGUCCCAAAAAGGGGCCACAACCCCAAAACCACCAUGGAGAGUUUGUCAACAUAGACAGCAGACCAAUACCGAUGCAGAACCUAACUCCUGACCUGCAGGCAUCGCUCGUGUACCAAGAAGCCAAUGGAAACUAUAACUCGGCGGGCCUCAGACCUCAUAUGCCCAACACCACUGGCGUUCCCUACCAUGUUGAAGGUAAAGCGGAUGGCAACACCUCCAUGACACCUCCCCAUGGUGGUGGAGGCAACCCGCGGUAUUAUCCAGACCCAUCGAGAGGCAGACCUGCUUAUAACUCCCAACAACAUGGAGUUGAUGUUAUCCGCUCAAAUUCAGGACAAGGGUUACCAGCACAUGGUUGGGUCCAGCAGCAUCAUGGUAGCCACAUGCGAAUGCGGAAGGAGUCGGUUAGGUGUUCUCAUCGCUGGACCCCCAGAUCCAAUACCCCAGAACCAGUCACGCCUUCAACACCCUCGCGUGGAGGUCGCAUUGUGGUGGCCAUGUAUGCAUUCCAGGGUCGCAGUAGUGGUGAACUUAGCUUUGAUAAAGGAGAUAAAAUGGAGAUUCUCAACGAUGCUGAUGCGGACUGGUGGCUGGCAAGACACAUGACGAGAGGCACCGAUGGAUACAUACCUAAAAAUUACGUAGCGUCUGCAUCUUCCCUGGAAUGCCAAGACUGGUACUUUGGCAAGAUAGCAAGAAAAGAGGCAGAGAAAUUGUUGAUGACGAGAGGGAAUUUAAGGGGGACCUUCCUCAUCCGUAUGUCCGAACAGUCUAGUCAUGGGUAUUCCCUCAGUAUAAGGGACUGGGACCAACACAAAGGUGAACACGUUAAGCACUACCGCAUCAAAGUCACAGACACUGGGGGUUACUUUAUCACUUCUUCGCAAGCCUUCCGUACCCUCAAUGAUUUAGUCGAUGCCUAUAAGAAGAACAACUAUGGGCUGGCGUGUCUUCUACAAUAUCCUUGUCCGCGUCCACAGCCCCAGAAGUGGGACUUGUCACGCGAGACAAAAGACCAGUGGGAAAUUGACCGUUCUGUUCUUUCCAUGGAUAAAAAAUUGGGACAGGGUUCAUUUGGUGAAGUUUGGUAUGGAAUGUGGAACAACUCAACAGAGGUAGCCAUCAAAACUCUAAAACAAGGAGCGAUGAGUCCCUCGGCCUUCCUCGAAGAAGCAAGAAUUAUGAAAAAAUUACGGCAUCGAAACAUAUUAGUUUUGUAUGCAGUGUGUACCAAGGAAGAACCGAUCCUAAUUGUCACCGAGUAUAUGUGUAAUGGUGCUCUGCUAGAUUUGCUCAGAAAUGAAGGCGAACGCUCCUUAAAACUCAAUGAUCUUAUAUAUGUGGCUACACAGGUUGCAGCAGGAAUGGCAUACCUUGAGAGCCUACAGUUGCUACAUAGAGAUUUAGCCGCACGCAAUGUGUUAGUUGGCGAGUCUUUGCUGUGCAAAGUUGCUGAUUUUGGCCUUGCAAGAAUAGUCGAGGGUGAAGAUUACUGUCCUAGCACUUGUAACAAAUUCCCUGUCAAGUGGACAGCACCAGAGGCUAUGCUGUACAACCGUUUCACUAUCAAGUCUGACGUGUGGUCGUUUGGAGUGCUUCUUAUGGAAGUCAUCACAUACGGUGCUAACCCAUAUCCAGGGAUGACCAAUCGAGAGGUUGCAGAGUCUGUACCCAAUGGUUACCGCAUGGGUAAACCAAUUAAUCAUUACUGUCCUGAUCAUCUCUAUGAAAUCAUGUGUCUGUGCUGGACGUUGGAUCCUGUACAAAGACCUACGUUUUCACACUUGUUUGCUCACUUCGCAGACUUUGAUAUAGCCUCUGAGGUGUCUUAUGCAGAAUCCAGCUCUGCUUAAUAAAAAAGAAUGUAGGUUCAGGGAGUACUCACUUCUAGCAGUUCUAAUACACACUGGUUAAUUUUCUAAGGUACCCAUAUACAAAUACAUUAGUGUGUAUUAUGAUAGUUAUCAGGAGAUUUAUUCAGAUAUACACUGUGAUAUGUGUAUUCAUUGACCUUAUACAUCAUUAUGAAAGAAGGAUUUAGGUGCAAAAAAUAUCAGGUUAGGUUUAGGCUGAUCAUUUGUGUGUAUGUGAUUGUAAUUAUUGAUUUGUAUAUAGUUGUGUGAUUUAUGUGCAUGUACAAUAUGUAUAUAUACAUACAUAUAUAUGUCAGUGUUUCCACUGGCAGGUGCCCUUUGCACAGUUUACAAAAAAGUGUUGCACAAAAAAUUUAACUUAGCAAGUCCUUUCCUAAAUACAAAAAAAUCCUAGUUUCGACCCCACCAAAUAAUUUUUUCUAAAUGUCUGUUUCUGAGUCUUAUGAUAGGUAUAAAAAGCUUCUGGCAGAGUACUGUAAUUACUUUUUAUGUGAUGUUGCUGUAUGAAUGAAUUUGGCUCAAGGUGUUGCCCAAUGAUAAAUAAUCGUCUGGAAGUGUAACGUAAAACCCACAUGGCGGCAGAAGGAAAAGGAAAAUAGGAACUCGUAUAUUUUGAUCGUCCACUGUGGUUCUCUCUACUAUAUCUAUUAAAGAGAACCUCUGGUUAAGUCGGAAAUAUAUAGCUUCCAUUUCACCCUGUGUUUCCUUCUGUUGCUAUGUAGGAUUUUGUGUUAUUUUGAUCAGUGUUCAUGGCACUCGUACCAUUAUAUUGUCUCGGAGACUGCAUUCAUUUACGAAGAAAUAAACUUAUUAUUUUAUUAUUAUUAGAGUUAUGCUUGUGACAGAGCAUCUCAGCAGAUUUUAACUCUACAGUUCAGGGGUAUACUAUUGUGAACAAAAAAUAAAUUACUAAAAUAAUGUAUGGUAUCGAGUAAUAGGAAAAACAGCAGAACCCUGUAUGUGUGUGUCUGUAUUCACCUCUUUGUGGUUGCAGAGUUUAAGUCAUAGCUCCUGGUGUGUGCGUGUGUGCACACAAGCGGAUAAGUGCAUGUGUGUAUUUUGUGUGUACUUGGUGAGUUGUACCUACAGGCAUUGAGCAUUUCUUGGCACUGUCUCUGAAAUCUUCACUCAGUUGUCACAGUAGGUUUAUGUCCUCAUGGACUCGUAUAAUAUUUUCUUACAAAUCCACGUAUGGAGUUUGCAUCAAAGUAAUGACUGCCAGUAUGCCAGGGAUGAGCACUCAUCCCUUCACAAGAAACAAUACUUGUAUUGAAAAAGCUUAAAAUUCAUAUAAUACAACAUAGUUUAUUUGAACAUAGGUAAUUCAGCUGCUUGUUGGCAUGUGUUUGAUAGUUCAACUACCAAUUGACACCCUGGCAAUGCUGUCACUGGCUACAGUAGCAUGUUGUAUAAAGUGACCUAGGAUAGGCUACACUAUGCUGGCAUACAUCACACUCGAUUACCUAUUCACUAAGCUCAUUCCACUUGUUCACAGCUAUGCUGAAAAGUUAUUUCGUAAUAUGCCUGUGGCUCAUUUGGUUGUUUGCCUUUCAUCUGUUCCUUUUUGUUCUUUUCUCUUCUCUGUUAAAUAUUGUGUUAUCCCUGUGAGUACACCUGAGUGAGUAUCUUGCAUGUUGUGAAUGUAUCACUCCCCUAAUCCCACUCUCCUGCAGUGAUGAGGUUCAGCUCUUUCAGCCUUGUUAGGCAGGAGGACACAGUGCAACUACUGUGAUAUUUUAUUGUGGCAACGUUUCUCCAGGAGCUUUAUCAAGCCAUUAACAGCUUUACAAAGCUCCUGGAGAGCAUAACAUUGCUACAAUAAAAUGUCACAUUAGUUGCGCUUGUGUCCUUUUUACCUAACAUUUUGUCAGUAAUUCUGCCAUCUUUUAGCCUUUCCAUGUAGUACAUGUCUUUUGGCUCCAGUACAAGUCUUUUGACAAACCUCUGAACUUUUUCAAACUUUUUCAUCUUGACUGUUUAGGGGCUCCGUGUUGGUGCUGCACACUCUAGGAUUGGCCUUCAAUAUGUCUUGGAGUACAGUAUCUUGAAGAGUGUCUGUGUGGGUGGGGAAGAGUAGGGUCAUCAUUAUGUGCAUGUGUAUAUUCAUAGCUACUAUGUUCAUGUGUGUGUUCAUGUCUGUGUGUAUAUGUGUGUGUGCAUGCAAAGGUAAGGAAAAGGGGACUUGCCUAUCUAUAUCCUUUGACAGUGUACAGUGUAUUAAUAUAAAUGCAUAUGUACUUGCAUAGGCACAAGGGGCUAGUAACACCUUCUGCUGUAUAUAUUACUAAAUUUAAAAGGAAAAACUUGCGUUUUUCUUUUUGGGUCACCCUGCCUUGGUGGGAUGCAACCGGUUUGUUGAAAGAUGACCUCCUUGCAUGUGGUAAAAUAUAUUUGUCCAUGGAAAUAUAUGAUUAAAUGAUUAUGUUAUUUAGUGUUCUCUUAAAAGCAUCUGGGGGUUGAUAAGGAUAAUGUUUUUUACUUAUAAACAUCUGCAAAAUUUUAGGUCUUAUUAGAGUUGAGGUUAUGGGAUUUCCAUUAUUAUGGUGCAGUAAUGCUAUUUAAAUUACAGUACAUUUAUGACUGGUUUAGGUGUGGCUCAGGCUAGGAAAAGUACAGUGGACCCCCGGUUUACGAUAUUAUUUCAUUCCAGAAGUAUGUUCAGGUGCCAGUACUGAACGAAUUUGUUCCCAUAAGGAAUAUUGUGAAUUAGAUUAGUCCAUUUCAGACCCCCAAACAUACACGUGCAAACGCACUUACAUAAAAACACUUACAUAAUUGGUCGCAUUGGGAGGUGAUCGUAAAGCGGGGGUCCACUGUACAUGUUUUUCAACUUGGGAAAUUCACCCUUUGCUAAGCAUUCCAUUCUAAUGUAAGAAGAGAACGUACAUUUUAGGAGUAGCAACAUGAGCUUUUCACUGCAUAAAUAAUAUUAGGCACGAUCAUUUAAUAGUUACCAAAAAUUGUCGCAUACGAAGAACCGAUGAUGUUCUCAUCCUCAUUGCUAACAGUUAUCUUCAUUUUGUGUAAUACAAAGAAGGGAUAAAUAUAUUUUUAAUUCCAGCUUGAAAUCAUGGACUUUUUUUUCUAAAGUUUAGCAUCCAUAAGCUAAAAAAAAUAAUUUACUUACAAUUGCUUCAAAAAUAAUAUAACAGUAGAGAAAUAAAUCUAAUUCAAAAGUAAUGCAUUGAUAAAUUAAAGUAAGGUUUAAUUUGCACAAGAAGUUAGUGCGUACAAAUGCUUCAUCUGUCUAAAUAAGUUUACCUGAAGAUUUUGUAUUCACAUAACUGUUUUGUGGGUGUGAUCUAAUAUUUGUCUGUCAUUUCAGUACAAACAAGGAAUUCAAAGAGCAGUUUAUAGAUCUGAUAUGUAACCAAGUUUAUUAGAGUGAUGGGAGGCCUAAUCUCAGUUAUUACAUAAAAAACAUACCCGUCAAUACUCUCUCAGCGUUCACUUGAAACAAAUGAAAUUAGGCAAAAAUUUUAUUUAUCACUAGUGCAUAUAGGGUUUGACAUAUUAGAAAUUUACAUAUGUAUUCAAAAUUAUUGUACACACUGAUAACAUUAUUGCAUAACAGUAAUUUCUAAUGAAGUGAGUACUUCUUGGAAGGUUUCAACUGUAGAGUGAAUGGACUCAUAAUAUUUGUGAGUUUAUGUGACCUUGUGGGUUCAUGAGUUGGUCAAGUCAGGUAGAGGUCCAACGGAGAAGUUGGUAAUUAAUGCAGAGAACUACUGAAGAGCUUUCCUUCGGCAACACCCAGAACCUAAUUACUAUAGCAGGAAAAAUAUUUUUUUCAAGCAGUGAAUAUAUUUAAAAGAGUACUUUCUUAAUAUUAUUGAACGAGACCAUGGUAAGGUCAUGAACUAGUUGCAUUAGGCUUCAGUAAUUCAGCAUUUAGUGUGAGAUUUGUCACUGUUAACAGCAGUUCUGCACAUCUAAUGCCUGAAGUUGUAUUGUCCUUGAUAGAAAAGUCUGUGUAUUGAAGAAGGUAAUGACUCGAAAGGAAAUUUGCAAGAAAUGUGUUAGAUGAUGUGAGUAUGUAAAUUGCAACACACCAAAAUGAGAAGCUUUUCCUCUUUAUAUAUUUUAUAUGGUAAUGCAGUCCAGACUUGUGGUAAAAUUUACUGUCAGGUACUAGCAAUGGCUUCAAGUGAAGCUGGUGUUAGAUCAGUGAGUUGUCUGUCGCCUUUCCUAUCUUCUUAAAAUGCAUGUUGUCUCACAUGAUCAGAAUUUGUAAAGUUGGGAGAAUCUCCCAGGGGUCCAUGUAAUCCAUAUAUUUAUAACUGCAAGUCUUCCUUAACCUAUUAGUAAGACUGCAUUGUAUAGUAAACUAAGUUCAUUACAGCAAUGUUCUAGUUUUAUGUGAUGGGUAUUUAUUGCAGUGAUCAACACACUUUGAAUGUAAAUCUGUAAAUUCUAAAUAUAUAAAAAUAUGUGGCUCAUCAUAGUCAUCAUUGAACAGAAAUUAACUGUCCAAGAAGAAAAUGUUGGAACAUGAUGUUUCUGGUGGAAAUACCUGAGACGUGGAUGGAACGGGAAAUACCCGAGACGUGGAUGAAAUGGGAAAUACCCGAGAUGUGGAUGGAACGGGAAAUACCCGAGACGUGGAUGAAAUGGGAAAUACCCGGCACAUAGAUGGAACGGUGCAUUGCCGACAAGCAUGAAGACAAAGAAACAAAUUACAAGACGAGCUUUUACUGAAACAUUUCACUCUAUGUAGAGCUUUCUUAAGUCUUGCCAAAGCUCUACACAGUGAAACACUACCCCCACCAAAGCUUGUUCUGCAACUUGUGUUUUCGUCUUCAUUCCUAAGAUAUGUUAAACUUAAAGGCAUUUACCACAUAGCUUCUUGAAGCAAGAUGUGUGAGGUGGUAGUUGCUAUUCCUGAGGCAUAUACAUGCUUUGGUAAAGGAUAUUUUUCCUUGUAGCUCACACUGGUGUUUAGGAGUCUUCUAUGUUUAUUGUCACUUGUGCAAUUCCUAAAGUUAGUGUGAGUUAUAGUUAUUUUUUACCAGACAGGAACAAAGAAGCCAGUGCUUUAAAUUGCAUGUUUCUUUCUCUUCCUUAGACUGUGUACAGUACAUUUAUAGAUACAUUUAAGUCAUUAUUACCAAAGCUGUCAUUGUUUGUACAUUGAGAAUAUUGUAACCAGAGUAGGAGUCACCACAAAUGAUAAUCAUUUUCAUGAUUAAUGUUAGGUAGAAUGGCUACAAUGGCAAUGGAUACAAAUAUUAAAGGACUUGGUGUUAGGGAAGAUUACCUUGCACCAUAGUCUAAGAACAGGGUCUCCACCCCAGAGUUUCUAUUGGAUUCUAACCAUUUAUUUGAAGGUAUAUAUACAGUAAAGAUUUUUGUGCAGAUGCAAAAAUAAAUUGUUGUAUCCCUCAAAACAAAAGUCAUUAGAAGUUAGGUUCAUUCUUCACCAAGUAAUCUGUGCCUACAGAUUCCAAUAGUCCAAGCAACAUUUAUCCUGGGAGGCAGUAGCUAACUACUCGGUAAACAACCUCACAGCUUCUUGUCCUGAACAAAUGUCGUGUUGUCAAAUUUAAAUUUUUUUUUUAAUAUAUUUUGAUUUUUUUUUUUUUGUGGGGAGAGGUAUUGCACAGAACUGUAAUUUAGGGUUUUAAGCAAUAUUAAAACAAUUUAUUAAUCUGGGACAAGGAGCUCUGAGGUCCGGAGACUGCCCUUGCUCGUUCUUCAUACAUUUCUCCAAAGAAUACAGAGUUUCUGGCUGUACAUACUUACCAUAAGUGGGAUUUUCCUUUUUGUAGAGAAUAACACACAUUUAAUUUGAGAGAGAGAGAGAGGGGGGGUCACAAAUAAGUAUAUGAAGUGUAAUGUUUUUAUAGUGAUAACACAUUUUUCUUUUUCAAUGUGUAGGUGCUGACUGACAGACCUGAAACAUGACAUAAGUAGACUAAAUUAGAAAUUGCCGUUUUUUUUAUUUUGCUUUAUAGACUGUUUAAAUCAUAAUUUAAUACUCGAGCGACUUCUCGUUGCUUUCCUUACUGUGUUAUGAACCUUGUUAUUCCUUGCCGGUGCAUAAUUCUCAUCAUCAGUACACAUUUCAUACUUAUACUUACACUCACUCAGCAUCUGGAUGUCAACACCCAGCAAGUUUUAUACAUAAUGGAAAUAAGUCACUUUGACUUUUUUGGGUUAUCCUACGUAAUUUACACACCUUACCAUUACAAAUAUUAUCUCUCGGUCCACAGCAAAAGUUGACCCUGUGUACUCUUCAUCAGAGUACUCAUUACUUUAACUCCACAUCUGUGUGGAGGAAGUACGGCGUACUCUGAUGCAGAGUGCGCAAGUUUGUAUCCUGCUGUGGACUGAGAUAAUGUUUGUCAGUAAUUCUGCCCAUUUGCGAAUUGUUAAGCGUAUGUUUCCAUGUAUGAUGAUUGUACGUCUGUGUGCCUGUACCUAAAUAAACUUGCUAUACAACUGCUGCGAUGAAAAGCAAGAGGAGGAAGUGCUAAAGCAACCAUAAACAAAAACGGUGACACUAAACACAGACUCUGGGUUACCAUGAGUAUAGAUCACUUCUCUUUUUAUUAUUAUAAUAAUAAUCUUCCCUUGACUAGGUUUACGUUUUCUUUUUUGAUUAUAAUUGGUACAUUAAAGGCAUGUAAAUGGAAAAAAAUAAAAAACUUCCGAUAAAAUGGAUUGUAAAACAAAGAAAUGAUACAUAAAUAUUAAAAAUGCUAAAUUGAUUUUAUUUUCAGUGAAAAAUGAUUUGAAAACCACUAGUAAAUUUAUGCAACAUUUUAAGGAAGGAAACUUUAAAAUUUUUUUAAUCUAGUGACGUGGAGGUGAAAAUCUUCAGUUGCCAAAGAAGUGAUGUAAAAACAAAUUUGCAAAGUAUUUUCAAAUUAAUAAAAUUUAGGAAAUUGAUGGGCAGAGGAUUUUGCAUAUCAUUUAACUAUUUUUUUUACCAAAAUCUCAGUUUUUUACUCUGUAAUCACAAAUAGGUAAUUAUACAUUCUGGUAGGUGAUAUGAUUAUGACAUACAAAAUAUUCUGGGGCAUUUAAAAGAUAAACCACGACAUCCUCUACCAGGAGAGAAUCUAGGACAAGGAGCAUGAAUGGAAACUAUGUAACUGGUUGACUCGGAUGUCAGAGAACACGGCUUGUACAUCUACAGUAAGUCCUCAACUUACAUGCUGAGAAUUUUCUGUAUUGUGUGUAACAUCAUUAUACACAAUACAGAAGGUCCCUAACUUGUUCGUAAGUUGAAGACUUCUGUAUUAUGAAUAUUAUACACAAUUCAGGAGGUCGCCAAUGUGUUUGUAAGUUGAGGACUUACUGUAGCUGGGUCAGAGAGACAGAGAACACUGAUUGUAAAUGGUUCAAGUCGGACCGAAACCUCAUCAUAAGCUCCUUUCUCCUAUGUGCGAGUAAUUUGUGUACACAUCUAGUUGAGUCAGAGACACAUCAGAGAACACUCCUUCAGUGAAACACUGGCAGUGAAGUGAAAUGAGUUAGACGACAACAUUGUAAAAAAUAAUUCCAUAAAGGUUCAAAUGUUAACCUUUUAAUGUGAUAGACGUAACCCACAAGAGUCAAGGCCAAGAAACAACAACUCACUAUUUUACAAACUCGUGUAUUUAGUAAAUAGUUAUUACAUGCAUACGCAUAUGCAUCAUUGUAGUUACAGGAUUAGAAUCUCACUUUUGGUGUUCCAAUUUUGAAUUAUUUUAUCAUGAGUAUUGAGGCAGUUGUAAAUUGUAAACUAUUUAUGAUCUGUAAUUGAAAGAAGAGACACUAUGAAUGUAGAUCUACUCCUGUAAUUAUAAAUGGGUAAUCAUGAGUAGGUCCAGCCAGGUCUUGAUAAGUGCAAAUUCUGAUUUAGUGUGAAAUUAAUUAAUGCUAGUUUUCCCCAAACUCUUCAAACUGUGUGCAAAAAUUACAUAUAAUUCAAGUAGUGAGAAUUUGAAUAAUGUGAUCAUUCCACAGGAGUCAUUAGUCGCACUAAUUGAGACCUAGCUGUAAGUGCACAUGUAUACAUGCAGGCUUGCACUAGUUUGCAUAUGGAUUCAGGUGCAUGAGCACACUUGUACGCAUAUACAUGCAGGUGUAUGCACACACAUGCUCACUAGCAUUCUUUUUCAUUGGUGCUCACUUCAAAAAUAACCUUCGUGUCUGAAUUUUCAAGGGAAGAUUUUAAUAUUUAUAUAUUAAAAUAAAUAUUUAGGUGCAAAAUUUGUAACAUUUCCAUAUUUUUUUUUUUUAUUUUAUGGGAACCCCAUUAUUUCAGUUUUUAUUUUGAUUUUAGAUGAUAGCUGACAACAGUACAUGACGUAACACGUUAAUCUAUGUCAGGUUCAUUUUGUGUCAUUUUUAAUCCCUUACCUCAAGAGCAUGCAUAUUUUAAACACUGAAAGUUGACAAUAAUGUGCAUGGGGUAAGUAGAGUAUUUAAAUACAUCACUUUCUAGGCUUAUACAAUUUCCUCGUGUAAAAUUAAAAUUUGACGGCUCGCUGAGGAUUUUCGUUUUGACCAAAAACAAGAAGCAUCAAAUACAAAGAUGUAUAAAAAGUGAUCUGGAGAAGUUCAUUUAUUUUUCUUGAUAAUUGAUUAAAUUGUAAUCGCAGUAUAUGAGCAGACGGUUGUAUAAGUCACUGUCGUGGAGCCAAGCCAGGGUAUACAGACCAGUACUCAGACCAGUAUUGAGACCAGUACUCUCUAGUUAAUGUGAAUAAUGUUCUAAAUGUAACUUAGUUAGAUGUAUCCCUUUGUGCUGCUGAUGUAAAACUAAUGAGAAUAAAAACAGAUGAGGAUGGAAAGGCUCCAAAUACAUCUGAACAAAUUGCAAGAUUGGUCCAAUACAUGGUUGCCAGAAUUCAACUCCCCAGGAAGUGCAAGGUAAUGGAAAUUGUGGAAGGGGCAAGAAGAUCAAACAUGGAUUAUGGACUCAGGGGUCAGAGACUGCAGACUUCACUCCGAGAGAAAGACCUCUGGGUGAGCACAGUGCCCAGUAUAAGGCCAGAUAACACCUGCAGUCAGUGUUCAUUUGGCAAAUCCAAGAUUAACCUUCAAGAAUCUCGGUCAUUUUGGACUCUAUACAAAUCUCAACUCCAUCUUGGAUUAUGCAGUAUGGAACCCACGCCUGAAAAAAAAAGUUUAGAAACUGGAGAAAGUGCAGAAAAAUGUAACAGUACAAGCUACAAGGUCACUUGAAUUGUGAUGACUUUAGAGGACAAAAUAACUAGGACAGACAUAAUAACAUAUAAAAUGCUCAGAGGAAUUGAUAGGGAGGACAGAGACAAGCUGUUUGAGAUUAACUUAGACGCAAGUACUCAGAGAUAACUGGAAGUUAGUCACAGAUGAUCCACAGGAAUGUUAGGAAGUGUUUCUUCAGUCAAAGUGGUCAGGAAAUGGAAUGAUCUUGAUAAGUAGUGGGCACAAAUUCCAUACAUUGUUUCAAGAGUAGUUAUGAUGGGGCCCAUGAGGUUAUAAGAGAGUGACUGGCAAGCAGCAAGUUUAGAGGUGAAGCCAAGAGCUGAAACUGGACCCCUACAGCCACAAAUAGGUGAGUGCAAAUAAGUGGGUAGUGGUUGAUUGAACAAAUAAGUGAGUACAGUUGAUUGAAUGAUGGUGAAUAUAUUUCUUCAUUUUUUAGCCACAUAGGAAAUGGCCAUUGUUAAUAUAUAGUGAUGAGCUGUAAAUAUUGGUCACCAGUCACUGAUUACUGCCUCAUAUAUCAUAAAUAAUUUGUUCAAAGAUUUCAGUUACAUAAAAAGGCAGGGCAUUUUUCUCUAGUAAAUGCCUACUAGAUCUGAAUAGUGUACUGUAGACAAUAUUGAAUAAAAAAAAGACACAAGUUAGAGAAGCUUUUAUUGGAAGAAUUUCUCACUGUCAAGUGAGUGAAACCUUGGCUUGGUAAAGAUGGUUUUGUAAUGCGUGUUGUUUUUUUUGAGCUCCCACUGGUUAACACCGUCACGAAUGUGUGAUUGUACUUCGGCUGCCCUACCUGAAUCUCAACAGUCGCUGCUAGUAGUAUGAAACAUAGUGUGAUCUGUCAUAUUAUGUUUCCUGGCUUGGCACUAUGAUACACACACACACACAGCCAUACCUAUACUAAACAUAUGAAGGCAAUUCUAGUUGGCAGGCAUUAUUAGACCAUUGACUGCAGCCCUUAAACAUGAAUAUCUCCACAUGGAUUGCACUAUCAUUUGGCUUUCAUGAAUAAUUCAAUAAACUGUAGAACAUGUAAGUGUUUGGACACACACAGCUAGUCAGGUAUGACACACACACACUGGCCCUGGUACUGUGUCUCAAUCUCUCAUAGCGGAAAGGGCUUAUAAAUUAUAACACAUUAUAUAGGUUUUAAAAGUCAUGAAUAGGCUUUAUAUCAUAUUAUAAUUUAGUGGCAAAGGCCUUUGCUCUAGGAAGAGAAGGAAGCUGUUCAUGUAGAUUAUCUCUCACCUGUUCAUUAUUUAUCAUGCAUUAUGCUCUCAUCUUCGAUUAGAAAAAAAAUCAGCCAGUCAUGUCACUUUACCGUUUCAUAAUGUACCUCUCCUUAGCUACUUCCAUAGAGCAUCGACUUUAAAACUUGCUCUUGAGACGAUGAUGCUUCUUAAAACGUUGAGUCGGAUCUAGAACUCUGAACAGUUCAGUAGUGACCUCCACAAAAGCUAGGUUUUACUGUGUACACCAGUGCCACUCUGUGGUUAUAAUUUUACCAGAUACCUCUUUUUAUAUAUAUACAGAGGACCCUCAAAUUUAGUCAUGCCUUUUCUGUAUGCAAAACUAUUUUUAUUAUCUAUAAAAUGUAUGUUUUGUUAAUAUUUCCCAUAGGAAAAAUGCAAAUCCAAUUAAAUAAUUCCAGACACCCAAAAAUAUUAACAAAAAAUACAUUUUAUAGAUAAAAAUAGUUUUGCAUACAGAAAAGGCACGACUAAAUUCGAGG